UCGAAAGGCCCUGCUCCUCGGCUCAGUUGUAGCGCCGACACCCCGGCAUACACGAGGUCGCGUCGUAGUUUUAAAGGCACACUCUGUACAAACGUAGACACGCACGCUCUAUCUUCCGUAUACCUCCGCCUCGCCUGCGCCUUCGCCUCGCCUCGCCUCGCCUUCGCCUACGCCUUCGCCUUCGCCUACGCCUUCGCCCUCCGCCUUCGCCUCCGCCUCGCUACGUAGUGAGCAACAGAUAUUUAACCGUGCACGUUGCCGUAGAAGCGAUCGCCUCUCCGACCUUCGUAGAAAGCGAAAAUGCAGCGCCCGGUCGUCGGUCACUGGAGAAAAAUCCUACUGCUCGUGUAUAGUUUGCCAUUAUUUUCAUACGCGACACUGGCGGAUCACAUGAACGUGCAAUUGAUAGCGCCGCAGUAUGUAACGCAUGGCAGCACAGCCAUCUUGCUGUGCAAUCACACUGUCGCGGACGACUUGCUGCACAAAAUAGAAUUUAUGAAGGGCGAGAAGAGGAUAUUUCAGUACAUUAAGGAGAGGAAUCCGCCGUAUAUCCCAGACAAAUCCGUAUUCAUCGACGGCGCCAAAAUGGAGUUUUCAAAGAAUGGCACGACAAUCAAAUUGCACAAUGUGCGUUACGAAGCUUCCGGCAUUUAUUCCUGUGAAGUCACUAUGACAACUCCCAUUUAUACUGCUGGCGCUGAUCCCGUACACAUGAAAGUGAUAUAUCCACAAACUGAUAAUCCUAGAAUUACAUUCAAGAAGAGUGUAUAUGUAGUAGGCGAAAGCCUGGAGGCAAAUUGUUCAUCCUCGCCCGCACAUCCAGUUCCUUAUAUAACAUGGUUUAUAAACGGCGAAGAGGUGGAUAUCGCUCUAGUGACACACUAUCCGCAUACAUAUCAUAAUAAGAACCAUCUGAUGUUCGCUACUGCUAAACUGAAGGUGGAGGUUUCCGCGUUGCACGCUGGCCAAAAUGGGCAUCUUGAGAUCAGCUGUCAGGCAACAAUACCUGCAUUUCCCAUGCACCACGAGCAAUUUGCCGAUAUUAAAACAAAAACGGUGUCGGUGCAAAUCAUACCAGCGGCGGAUGUGACGUCUUCCGCGGCGAUUCUCAUACGAGAACUCACGCUACCUACAAUACUGUGCAUAUUGAGCGCAAUGCACGAGUUUAUUCCUUAAUAAAAGUCAAUUGUUCUAGGAUAAUUCGGCUGUAACAUAUCUAAUUGUAAGGAUGUUAAGGCGAUGAACAUAAGAUCGAACAAUCACAAUGUCUUCCUUCGAUAUAUCGAAAUACACGGGGGCAGCGGUUUUAUUGUCUUUGCAGAAGUUUUGUAAACUCAUAGACGCGGCUUCUUCGUGCGCAAACUAUUUUCGAUUAUUGCUUAUAAAACGAGCGUCGUCUGUCUCG